CCGCAGCACUGGCGGAUCUGGCGCAAGAAUACCCACGUCCUCUUCGUCAACUUCAUGACGUUCUUCAUACAGUUCAGCGCCGGGAUGAUCGUCACCAGUCUACCAGAAAUCAUGAGCGAAUUUGGUGCGGAAGACAGACUCGAGCUCUCCAGUUAUAUCGUAUUGGCAUUUGUCCUCGGUCAUCUCGCUGAACCGCUGCUGAUAACUCCCCUCAGCCGGAUCUACGGCCGUUCCGUCGUCUCCAGGGUGUGCAACAGUGGUUUCGUGCUAUCCACAUUGCUGUGCUCCUACGCCUCAUCCUUGGCCACGCUGAUCUUUUUCCGGUCCAUGGCGGGCAUCUUUGGCGGUGGUGCACUGUCCAACGGAACAUACACCAUGAAGGACCUGAAGGUGCUGUGGGGAAAAACCGGACUCCUACAUGAGUUGAGUGGGUUACUUGGAUUCAUCCUCGGACCCGUCUGUGGCGGCUACAUAUCCGAUGGACUCGGCUGGCGCCGGACGUUCGCACUUCUCGCCGGCGCCGCUGCUGCGGUGGCCAUUUCCAUGGUGGUGGUCUCCAGGGAGACGUACAUCCCGGCUUUGCUGCGGCAGAAGGUCGCACACCGUCGCCGAGAGACGGGAAACCGUCAUCUCCGCUCAGCCCUCGAUUCCGGACUGUCCCCAUCGCAACGUCUGUGGCGGGACAUCGUCCGCCCUUUCCCCGUCUUGUUUUCUAACAUGCUGUGCACCGUGUACACCUGCGUCGGAGGCAUCAUGUACGGAUUGCUGUACGUCAUGUUAACCACCAUUGGUCUCACGUUGACCAGGUUCUACCUGCUGCGUACCGACGGCCUUGGUAUUUACUACCUGGGUCUCGGGGGGGGAUGCUUGCUCGGGUGGGUGAGUUGGCUUGAAUUUACAAAGCAAGCAGGGGUUAUGGAGGCUCGUCUUUGGCCUGUGUUCUUUAGCGCGACCGUCGCCAUGGUCGGUUUCGGACUGUGCGCCUCGACGGACAACUUAGCCAACCGGUACCCAGAGUCACGCGUCUUUGUGGCGAUACUAGCUAUGGGAGGCCACAUCUUCGUGUAA